AUGGAGACGGAGGGUGGGCCAAGCGUUGUCUGUGGAGAGAAACAUAAAGCACUGGAACUGAUUUCUACAUUGGGGAGAGAUUUUAAGCAAGCUGAUGGGAAGUUUAGAUUUAUUGUUUAUGAACAUAUUGUUCCAUUUUUUCUGUUUUUACAUAACCUUAUAGAGAGUAUUAUAACCCCCAAUAUCGCACUUCAGAAAGGAAACAUUUUAAUUUAUGGCUUAGAAAAACUGGCUGCAAAUAAGGUGCUAAGAGAAAAAUGGAAAGAUCUAACAUCUCUGCCAUCUAAUGCAACAUCCGUUGUUGUCCUCCAACGGAUUGUAACUUUUUCCCUAAAAUCAAAACAGCAAAUGAUUCGCGAAAAAAGAGGGCUUAAACCCAAUAAAAAUAGCAUGGCAAUACCUCAACAACUGCGGCAUACGACAUCAUCAUCUGGUAAGCCAAAAUGCAAAGAAAUUAUUCAAUUGAGGUCUGGAAGUAUGUCAUCUGACAACAUCAGAAGUUUCUUGCAGUCACUGUCUACCUAUCCUUAUUCAAAUCGAGAAGCAAUGUUAGCAGAACUGCAGAGCAAAGAGCUGGCUAAAAUAUUAAAAUCAUUAGGGAAGCCAACAUUUUUGGGUAAGAGAAAAA